AUGAGGAAAGAAAAUAACAGGAAGAAUGACUUAACUCAAGAUUACAUUAGAGGCAAGUCCUCUGAUAGUAGUACUUUUGGUUGGUUCAGCUCUUCGUUAUCUGUCCUGCUGCCCGACGGGGAAGCUUCAGGGGUCUUGGCUCCAGUAGAGGCCUCGCUGGACGACGUACAGAGGAGGCUCUGUCGUCUGGUAUUGGAAGCACUGCAGGUUGAACUCCAGCCCCUGUUCGCAUCUCUGCCCUCGCGCCGGUGGCUAUUGAGUUCUGAGUUGCUGGACGGUGUGUGUGAGCAGACGUCGCACUUCUGCCAGGAUUUCUGGCGUGUGCGGAAGCCUGCUGUUCAGCUGCUGCUGGCGGAGGCGGAACGAACCGUGGUGUUGCAAUACCUACGUGCGCUGAUGCAGGGCCGCCUAGUGUGCCGCAGUGCAGACGAGCGUACCCAAGCGGCUGAGCGCCUUCAGCACGACGCUACCCAACUUAAGGAGCUUUUCCUGGGUUUGGGCCUGGAGGAGAGCGCUCACUGCGCGCCGGUGCUGCUCGCGCUGAGGGAACUGCUCAACCUCCACGACCCCACGCUGCUUGGCCUCGAGGUGGCAGGCCUGAGGCAAAAAUUUCCCGACGUGAGCGAGGAUCAUGUCUCCGCCCUCUUGGACCUGCGCGGGGACGUGUCCCGAGAGCAUCGCCAGGCAGCACUCAGCUCCCUGCAGGCUGGCCCACCGCCCUCACCUUCCACUGGCCGCCGAGCACUCUUCAGUCUCGUGCCGACGCCUACGCCCUCCCUGUCCUCCUGCCUCCCCUCGGGUCCCUGCUCCUGACCCACCUGUCUGCGUAAUAAAGCCACGUCCACCGCG